ACAGAACUACUCAAAUCCAAACCAGGCUUCUCCAUCCGGACUACAUCUCCCAGAACCCCUUGCGAUGUCAGUCCAUGCAGCCUCCCCUCCCAGCUGGCUGCUAUCGGAAGUAGUCCGCCCGGCAGCCUCAGGAGCGGGCGCUUCCCAGAGAUGCCUCUGCUGAUUAACGGGGAUCGGAUCGACCUGGCCCAGCCCCCGGGGGAGCUGAUCCGCACCUACCCGCACCUGGAGGAGAAAGCAAGAGUUCUAAGAGGCCAACCUGCUCAAACAGUGGGACCCAAAGGACUUCUAUACAUCCAGCAAAGAGAGUUUGCAGUGACCACCCCUAAAGAUGGUUCCGUGUCCAUCCUUGGGUCUGAUGAUGCAACUACCUGCCACUUGGUGGUGCUCAGACACACAGGGAGUGGCGCUACCUGCUUGACACACUGUGAUGGAUCCAGCACGCAAGCCGAGGUGUCGCUGAUUAUGAGUGCAGUAAAAUCUUUCUCUAAUGACACAGAAUGUGGAAGGCUGGAAGUUCACCUAGUUGGAGGUUUCAAUGAUGAUAGGCAGUUAUCUCAAAAACUUACUAAUCAGCUUCUUAGUGUAGGAACAUUUGAUCUCCAGCAAGAUGAUGUCCAUUUAGUGACUUUCUGUGUGACAGAAUUAAAUGAUAGGAAGGAAAAGGACAAUCAUUUCCCAAUCAUUUAUGGAAUAGCUGUGAAUGUUAAAACAGCAGAGAUUUUCCAUGCAACUUUUCCAGAUAAGGGUCCAGAUGAGGAUUUGCGUUCAGCCCAUAUGUUAACAGGAGCACCAAUGACUAAUAUUUAUGAUGCAAAGAGAGAGCAACUCCACAUUGGACCUUACUUCUGGAUGCCUUUCCCACACGUGGACUUCUGGUUGGAGCAGGAUGAUAAACAGAUAUUACAGAAUCUUUCCACAUCGCCUCUGGCUGAACCACCCCACUUUGUUUCUCACCUUAGAUCCGCAUUGCUAUUUUUAAAAGAGCAUCCAUUUCCCGAUGACUCCCUGUUUCCUAACAGGAACCCUCGACUUUAUAAAAAGACUGAAGAAGGUUUAUGGGAGCGACUGUUUUGAAAUGAUUUAACAUUGAGGCAAACACUGGAGGACACGCUUUGCAGCAAAGUGGCCACACUUUUGGCGAGGCUGUGCUUUCCCAAGGAGCAUCUUUCUGAAUCCAUGUUGGUCAAAUUCCCUGCUGGCCCUGAGAUCAGACUAGCCUUGUUUAAGGCUUUUCAAAGUAAUAUUUUGGCAGAGGUGCAUGUGUUUGCCCUGUUACUUACAUAAGGGAGUGAAUGUUUACUACUAUUUUCUUGUUUUCAGAUGUGCCCUUCCCUGUUUUUACUUUUGGUGCUAAUCAGUUAUAUAUUAAGGCCUUCUGCAAAAUCUACCUAGAGAGAGAUUUAAUAUGCUCUUGCCCUUUCAAAAGUGCUUUUUCAAGCUGGGACUAAGUGUCUCCUUAAAGUAUAACAUGCAUACAAACUUAUUCAUUGGUAAGUGGGUUUUUUGAGAGAGAUUUAUUUUAAACCAUUAAGUCCUUGAAUGAAUAAAUGAGAGAGUAAGUUUUACUGAUAUAGAUGAGAUUUUUCACUAGCUGGCUGGGGGCUUUUCUACACUGAAAGAUAUAAUCAUUAACCCUACAGGAAUGAUGGCUGAGCAUAAGCCUUGAAAGCAUAUUUGUUAAACAGUGCCAUUUUACCACUGCUGUUGGAGUAAUAGUGUAUGAUUCCGUACAGCUCUUCAAUUCUAAAAAGGUCUAGAAUAAUAAAUCUUUAUAUUUACUAAUAAAUAAACGGGAGAUGUCACUGGGCAUCUUCUGUUAAAGUAAACAUUAAACUCAACUUUUCACCA